AUGGAGUUCCACUUCCCCGCCGGCGAGGAGCGCUGUCCGUCGAUGGGGGCCGUGGCUACGUCGGCCAAGUCCGAGACAGCAGCCACGCGCGUGCAUGACGGUCUCGUCGGCUGCGACGGCACGGGGUACCACGGGGAGAGCUUACCGCCGCCGGCGUCGGAUCCGGACGGCCUGCGGCGCCGGGCGGCGAAGGAGAGGAUAAGGGAGCGGAUCCUGCGCGAGGAGGCGGAGGCGAUGGCGCUCGAGUUCGAGGUCCGGCGUGAGCUCAUGGAAGAGCGCGCCAGUUUGCUCGCGCGGUUGGCCGGCGGGUCGGAAACUAGGGCAGCGCCGGCGGUGCCACCGCUGAAGACGGCGCCGAUCGAUCACCAGUGUGUGCAGGUUGGAUCCAAAGUAGACGUGUCUGCGGCCGUGCCAGCCAACAAGCGGAAAACCCAUCAUGUCGCUGCUGCAUCCGUUGUUUCGGCGGCCAGGCAAAAGAAACAGAAGCCUGAUCUGACUUGCACGGUGUGCAACAUCACGGCAACCAGUGAGGUUGCCCUGCAAGAGCACCUCAGAGGGAAGAGCCACGUGUGGAAGGCCGGUAAACCUGCGCAGCCUCACCCAGAGGAGGAUGUGUUCAGCUUGAAGGUAAAUGGGUCGCCAGCCUUACCAGCCAUGGGGGAAAACCCUGGUGUUGUUGUCGCUUCGAUGGCUCUCGCUGAAAAAAGUUGCAACAACUUGGGUUUGAACUGCAUGGUCUGCGGCAUCAUAGCAAGCACUCAGAACAACAUGCAAGAUCACCUCAAAGGGAAAAUUCAUAUGAGGAAGACUGCCAUGCUCGCGCAGCCAUAUCCCAAGGAGAAUGGGGUCUGCUCAAAACCAAAUGCAUCAGCAGCCGUGCUACCGGCCAAGCGGAAGAACUCCAACGUUGUCCCUGCCUCAUCAACCCUUUCAGCUGGGCCAAGCAGCAAGAAUCAGAAGCAAGACUUGACCUGCACGGCGACCAGCGAGAAGGGCAUGCAGGAUCACCUCAAAGGGAAGGCUCACAUGAAUAUGGCGGCCUCGCUUGCGCCUGGGGAAGCGGAGGAAGAGGCAGAGGUGGAAGGCGGCUACAAGCCGUGGAAGUUCGAGAUGCUGACCGACUCCGGGACAUUGUGCGAGGUGGUGAAGCUGAACGGCUCCGUCAUCUGCGAGGUGUGUGACAAGCAGACCCCCGAGCCCGACCGCGUCACCAUGAUGUGCCACCUCGAGGGGAGCAAGCACAUAUCCAAGCAGGCCAAGCAGAAGCAAUGCGAAGCCGUGGAACCACCGGCUGCCGUCGCUGCUGAUGGCGAUGGGCCAGGAUCAGAAAUGGAGGCCAAUGGCGUGGGCCGGGUGGACGGUGGCUCCCUACUCUGCGAGCUCUGCAACGUGAAGGUGCCGUCGGAGUGUGCCAUGCAGUCCCACCUGUCCGGCCGGAAGCACACCAACAAGGCGAAGGUGGUCGCAGUUGCUGUCGGUGCAUGUGGCAACGGGUCAGGGUCAAAAACUGUGCCCAUGGAGGCCAAUGGCGUGCGCCGACUGGACGGCGGCAUCCUGCUAUGCGAGCUCUGUGACAUGAAGGCCUCGUCGGAGUGUGUCAUGCGGACUCACCUGUCCGGCCGGAAGCACACCAACAAACAGAAGGCCACCGCUGACACCCGCGCAGGACAGGAGGUGAAGAAGGCUGCCGCCGCCGCCACGGUCGGCAGCUCAUCCAAGGAGGCCGCCUCUAUUGUCGUCAACGGCAGCGAUGACUCCGUUAAGAAACCAGCAGCGGGAGAGAUGGAGGUGGUAGUGUCAUCGGCAACGCCUCAAGUGGAUGUCGCCGCCCCGGUCUGCGUCCAUGUCUCCUCCGUGGUUCCCAUGGAAGUAGAUGAAGGUGCAGAGGCCGGAGAUGGUGCUGCCAAAGCUGAAGAACAAGAGAAAGCUGAUGCCGAGGAAGAGGGAGCCGUGGAGAUCGACGCAGGCCCCGCCGUGACCGGCGAGGAGUAUUACAUCAAGGCGGAGGGCAAGCUGUUCGUCACGCUGCGCCAGGCGGACGACAGCCUCUCGUGUGGUCUGUGUGCUGUGCACGUCUGUGACAAGCGCGGCAUGAUCAAUCACAUCUACACCAGGGACCACUGGCGCAGAGCCCGUCUCGCCGAGGAGAAGCGGGCAUCGGAGGCAGCGCCAGAGGCGGUGAACAAAGACGGCGACGGCGUCCCGGUCACCGACGGAGAGGCUCAUGUCGACAACUGA